CAAAAUGUAGUUUUUCAACCCCCAAAAUGCGUACUGUAGAUCCAGAUUUAUGGUCUAAAAGGGCUAAAAAACCAAUUCUAAACUUGACUAGACCGUACAAAUUUGGGUUGAAAUAUUCUCCGUUGGAAGUCCGACUGAGAAGCAGUUUGAAAGACGCGUUGAAAGAAUUAUGGAAGCACAGCGGGGUUCAGGGUCCGAAGUUUGUGGCUGAUAAAAAUAUCAAUCCUAUGAUCAGAUGGUGCUACCUGCUUCUCUUGAUAGCCACAUUCAUCGCCUCCCUUUCGCUAGUGGUACAGCUCUGGUAUGUUUACCGAAUGGUACCACCGCUGAUUGUCAACGAACUGAUGGAAGAUGACGUUCUGAACAACAUCACGUUUCCAGCAGUCGCCAUCUGCAGUAACAAUGUCAUCAGUAAACCUGCUCUGGAUAAAUACGCGCGAUACUUAUUAUCUUUAGAUAGGAACAGAACCUAUGCGCUGAACAGUAUAAAGUCUAACUUAAUGGCAUUUGGUGCACUGUUCAAUAUGGCAUUUACACCGUAUGAACAUGAUUUCAUGAAAUGGCUAGUAGCAGUGACCAAGGAAACUAAUGUCACGAAAAUUAUGUACGAGUUGACACCACCAUGUAGAACGCUGCUUGUGCGCUGCGCAUGGCACGCGCGUGCGUACCGGUGCGCAGAGCUGUUCACCCGACGGAUCACUCCAUUUGGCUUCUGUUGCGUCUUCAACUCCAGAUACAUAUGUAUUUCCAGGUCGAUGGACAGAGACAGCACGUUAUACCAGCUCAACGAGACUGGGAUUGCGGCUGGUCUCGCGGUGGUGGCGCGGGAGAACCCUGACGACUUCGCCUUCAUCAGAAGACCUGGAUACGAAUUUCUGGUUCUGCUUUUCGAUGGAGACAACUAUCCAUUGCUGUCUUCUGGUAUGGUCCGUGUAUUUCUGGCGCCAUGCAAUACAUCGUCUCUUAUAAUGCUCAAGACGUAUACUCAGUACGCUAGCUACGACUUAGAUCACUACUCUGAAGAAAUGCGUGGUUGCCGUCUACCGGGAUCAAAUGGCGAAUUUGACUUACACUCUUGGUCAACUUGUCUGAUGGUAUGCCAGAGAAAUGCCGCCAUUGCGCUUUGCAACUGUGCUCCUUUCACCAUGCCUGAUUACGAUGGGGAUGAAGCGCCUGAGUGCACCCUAGAGCAUCUCCACUGCUUGGCUAAGCAUCGAGAGAAGUUUCGCUUCUUCUUCCCCGGCGAUACAUCGGAUGAGAGUUUAAACGAGGAGGAGGUAAACUCUUUAUAUUGCAUGGGGCCUGAAGCCUGCAUGCCGGACUGCACGCGGCAGCUGCACACAGCCAGGGUCACCAUGAUACGACACGACAACGACACGAGGGUCCUCAAAACAAAUUUCUUGAAAGGCUUGGAUAUGACAAAUGCAACGAUCAUCAGUAUAUUCUACGAGUCGGACACACAAAAGCUGACGAUAAUAGAAACGAAUAAUCCUUGGUAUGAGGUCAUAGGCUUAUUGUGUUGUAUGGAAGUGUUCAUUUUGUCUAUAACACUAGUGAACGUAUUCGAGGUGGUGUACUUUUGUACCAUACGCUGGAUCUACCAUUACAGACGACGCAAGCGGCUACUUCAGCUUCUGAUAAGGAAAAAAUAAAUAUAUGAUCGUGCU